AUGUCUCUCGACCAUCGCGAACACAGCAACUUCGCAACCCCAAACUCAUUCCAAAGCUCACAAAUGAUGCUCCAAACCCUUUGGAGAAAAAGAAGGGCGCCGCAGACGAGGAACUGGCUAGGCAGGAAUCUGAGAGAGAAAGGCGACGCGCUUUGGAGGAUAGGGAUGAUGAGUCGGAUGAGGCCCCGCGACGACCGAGGUCGCCCUCUGUCGACUCUGUGUCAACUGUGUCCACCAACUCGCGCGCUGGCUCGGCAUCGCCGCCCAUACGUCCAAGAGACCGAUACGGCUCUGAAAGCGGGGAAGAGGCUGGGGAAGUGGAAGAGUCGCGACAUAGGAGGCAAUACUCGAGAAGUCGGUCGCCACGACGUACCAGAGAACGGCGCGAGGAUACGCGACCAGCUUCUCCCCGGGGCUCGGAUCACAGGCGCAGAGACGGGGAGCGUCGUCGCAGGUCUCGGUCACCACGUGAGCGUGGUGACAGAGGAGACAGAAAUGGCGAGCAGGGGAAUCAUGGAGAUAGGAAUCGCCAUCGACGAGACACCGCGCCUAGGAGCGACACAAGAGAGCGCAGUCUCAGCCCUUUCAGCCAACGUUUGGCUAUGA